GCCGCGAGACGCCUGCAGAAGGAGUACCUCGACCUUUCUCUGAACCCCCCCGAGCUGUGCUCCGCGGGGCCCCUGGAGGACGACAUGUUCACGUGGCAGGGGGUGAUCAUAGGGCCCCAGGACAGCCCCUACGAUGGGGGGGUCUUCUUCUUGUCCAUCCUAUUCCCCCAGGAUUACCCCUUCAAACCGCCCAAAGUCCACUUUAACACCCGCAUCUUCCACCCCAAUAUCAACAAAGCUGGAUGUGUCUGCGUGGACAUCCUGACCACCGACUGGUCGCCCGCCCACACAAUUUCCGAGGUGUUGCUGUCCAUCAGGUCCACGUUAUCCCAACCUAAUUUGCAAAAUAUCCUGGUUCCAGAAACUACUAAGAUUUACCUAAAGGACAGGUCAAAGUAUGAGUUAGUGGCUCGAACGUGGACGAGGAAAUAUGCUAUGUGA